AUGGUGAAGAAGAAAAAAGCCUACGACGGAAGGAGCGAUGAUGAGGAUUUUCAAAUCGGGGACGAAGUGGAGAUCCACGGGUUGCAAGGUGCCAAAGAAUUGAACGGCCGAACGGGGCGCAUUGUCGCCUUUGUUGAGGAAACCCAGCGGUUUGGGGUGAAACUGGACGGUGAGUUGGAAAACAAGGCAGUGCGUCCUGCGAACCUCCGCCGUCUUGACGAGGACAAUGGUUCUGAGCGGGCGAUGCUGGAAGCGCAGCUGGCACAGGUGGUAGAGCAGAUCAAGGCCGCGGAGGAGUGCGGCGAGGAUAAAAGCCUGUACCAGCGGAUGCUUGCUGAGCUUAUCCGGAAGCUCAAAGACAUUGACGAGAUGAAUGAGGCGCGCGCAAAGCAGCGGGCCGCAGCGGCGGCCAAUGCUGCAGCCGCAGCGGCAGAGAAGGCGGCAGAGAAGGCGGCAGAGAGGGCAAGGAAAGCCCAAGAGGAGAGGCCGGUGCUCGGCCCGAAGCCUCCAGGUGCCUCCAAGGCGCCGGAGGGCCUCAGACCGCCGCCCCUGCCGCGGGAACAGCAUCACCCGCUGCCGCCGAAGCAGCCGAGGGAGAAGGUGGCCAGCGAGGCGAAGAUCGAGCCGCGGCCGCCCAUCGCCCCUCGCCCGGGACCGCCACCAGUGCUGCCACAGAGGCCUGUCGCGCAGUUGCUGCCGGCCAAAGCGAGCAAGCCCAUGUACACAGAUGAGCAUGAGUAUCCUGACCCGACCAGGGCAUAUCAAGCCGGAAGGGUCUUCGCGGGUUCAAUCCUUUGUGGCCUUAUAGCUUCACAGGCUGACUUGUUUCCUGCAACCUGGUUUGUGUGGACGUUCCUCUUGGUUCACCUCGUUGGGGUGGCCUUCCUCACUGACUACGCCGGCCAAAGCGGGCUCCUGGCACUUUGCGCAACCUUUGGGCUCCAUGCUGGCUUUGCGCUCAGCGAGUUUGCCCUCUGGAUGCUGGACCAGGACGGUUCUGACUCUGUCGGUCCCUGGUCUAUCUUGGUUUUCUUUUGUUGUAUAUUGUACUUUCACUCCUUCUGGAUGGAAUCCACGGUGCUGCCACCAGAUUACAUCACUAGCAUUUCGCUGUUUUUCCCCAUGUUUCCCGCGUUUAACGCGGCCGUUGCAUGUAGUUGCCUUGAGCUCUUCCUUGAAUGGAGAUGGUUCCCAGACUACAAGCUCUGGCCGUCUCUCGCUGUGCUUGGAGUAGCGAUGUGUGCUGCCGGCCAGGCGCUGAUUGCGAUCGCCUCGCGCACCGCCGACCGCAACUACUGGGCAAGCUGCCGCAACAUGCCAGAAGAGGAGGAGCGGCCAGAGGAUUUCGUGGGCUUGGAAAUCCCAGAUCGACGAAUAGUUCAGGAGGGAGUCUACCAGUACGAGAGGCACCCAGCGUACUUGGGUGCAAUGCUCUGGGGUCUUGGCAUCGAGGUUGCCUUGUGCAAUCCCAUCAUGGCUCUGGUCGUUGGCUUCGUGCUCUGGGCAUCGUUGCUGUACGUCGCCUUGGAGGAGGAGCAGGAGCUGUACGACGAGUUCAAGGGCGGUUAUGCCAACUACGCCACGUUGACCUCGUGCUGGAUCCCGCUUUUCAACUCGUUCCUAGACAAUUCCGCCUUCCAACGCGAGAUGACGGACACUUGUGAAGAAGAUCAUGAGAACAUGCAGGAGGAGACGGAAGAAGAGGGCGAGGAGGAAAUGGAAGACGACCUCCGAAGUGAGGAUGACUUGUUGCCUACUUGGGAAGGAGUACCGAAAGGUGGGGCUCUCUGGAACCGUCAGUUUCGCGAGCCUUGGAUGCUUGGGUAG